ACAAAUACACAAUAUACAUGUAGGAGAGAAACGUGUGUUUAUAAUAUAGCUGAUAUUAUUAUUAUUAUAUUAAAUUAAAUAAUCUUAGUAAGGGGAAAUAAAUCGGUGGUGUUAGAAUCGUGGGAUGGAACAGGAGAGCAAAAGCAGUAAUUCAGUAGCGAUCGGCGGGGGGAAUUCACCGGCGCCGUUUCUGAGCAAGACUUAUGAAGUUGUAGAUCAUCCUUCCACCGACCCUCUCGUUUCUUGGAGCUCCGACGGCAACAGCUUCAUCGUCUGGGAUGUUCCUCAAUUCUCCUCUCUUCUUUUGCCCAAAUACUUCAAGCACAACAAUUUCUCCAGCUUUAUCAGGCAAUUGAAUACUUAUGGGUUUAGAAAGAUUGACUCAGAGCGUUGGGAGUUUGCAAACGAGGGGUUUCUCAGAGGCCAAAAGCACCUUUUGAAGGGUAUAACCAGGCGAAAACCUGGUCAUCCACAAACUCAACAGCAAGUUCCUCAGGUUCAGACCCAGUCCGCGGCUUCUUCACUUGAAGUUCGAUUUGGGAUAGAUGAAGAGGUCGAAAGCCUUAAAACCGACAAGAAUGUCCUCAUGCAGGAGCUUGUCAGGUUGCGGCAGCAACAGCAAGGGACAGAUAACCAGCUGCAGACUGUUGUGCAUCGAGUCCACUUAAUGGAGCAACGUCAACAACAAAUGAUGUCAUUUCUUGCAAAUGCCAUGCAGAGGCCAGGCGUCUUAGCCCAGCUUGUAGAAGAGCAGAGUGAGAACAACCGGCGAAUUUCUGGAGCGACCAAAAAAAGGAGACAACCAAAAGAAGAAAUUUUUGUUGGCAAGCAUGGCAAUCUGUCACCCACUAAGCAGAUUGUUAGGUACCAACCAUUAAUAAAUGAAGCAGCACAAGAAAUGCUCCGUAAAAUUCUUCAGAUGGAUACAUCUUCUAGAAUGGAACCUACUCUAAAAAAUACAAAUGCUUUCUUGAUUGAAAACGGACCUUCUUCUACCAAUUUGUUAGACAAUGGUUGCUCCUCCAGUCGGAACUCCGGAGUCACCCUUUCAGAAGUUCUACCAGCUUCUUCACAGCCCUAUGCAGAGUUGGGUCAUCCUCAUCAUCCCUCAGCUGUCCAUACUGAAACCCAAUCUUUUCCAAAGACAAGUAUGCUUGAUCCUCCGAAAGAAAUGGGUGUGAAUGAUUUCUCUUAUGAAGGUCUGAAUAUGGAUUUAGGGUUGCUAGGAGGUGAGAUUCCUCUUCAGACUGAUGAAUUAUCUUCCAAUUCUGAUGUACAUGCCUUGCUGGAUGAUGUUCCCAAACUUCCAGGCAUAAAUGAUAUUUUCUGGGAACAAUUUCUUUCGACAAGCCCACACACCGGUGAUUCUAGUGAUGAUGACAAUCGACAUAGCACCCUGGAAAUCAAAGAUGGCAAGGAACAAGAGACGCAAUUUGUUCAAGAGAAUGGAUGGGACAGAACUGCGCAUAUGAAUCAUUUAACUGAACAGAUGGGGCUUCUUGCGUCAGGCGCGGACAAAGUGUGAUUUUCAUAUCAGCUGUCUUAUCUUCCAAGGGAGCAAAGUAGAUCCACUUCUGCUACUUUGAUGACCUGGACUUAAUCUACAUUUCCAUCAAUUGCAUGUAAAAGGUACAUCUGAGCGAUCUAAUAUCUUUCAUAUAAUUCCUUAGUCAGGCUCAACCACUCACCUGUGUGUCUCUGGUUAUGACAUUAGAUCCAUGGUCCUCCAUAUAUUUAGAACAACAUGCGCUUAAUCUUAGCUGAUGAGGUUUGUAUACAAGUCAAUGUGAAAUAUACUCUGUACUUUCUUUCUUUUAUAAAUGGAAAAAAAAUAGCUUAAAGGUUUU